AUGAGCAAUGGAACAAUCGUGCUCGACGUGGGUGGAACGCUCUUCAAGACUUUGACGUCGACGCUGUUCUCGGUGCGAGGCUCUCGCUUCGACACCAUCUUGUCUGGCACAUGGCUGCCCCAGCACGAUGGAAGCUACUUUUUGGAUUUGGACCCAACGUACUUUGGCCGUGUGCUCAACCACCUUCGGGGCGGAGCGUCGCUGUACCCAGGACUUGGGUCGUGGGAAGAGACAGAGAUCGACCGACUCCGCAUGCUUCUGCGUCUCGAUAUUACAGCAGCACAGUCGACGCCAACGUGGGACUACCUCAACUGCGACGUGGGUCUUUUGCUCGUUAUCCACGCGCGUGUUGUGGCCAUCGAGGCGAAGGUGCCGGUAAUGCGCUAUGUGCGGACGAUGCAGCCGUGCGACCAGUACUGCGUGCGUUUGACAGCGAACGGGCGCAAAAGCGACGUGGUCUUGGACUUUACAUCGCACAAGGACCGUCGACCGCAAUAUCAAGCGCUGCGCUACGACACGACUAUACCAUGUUGGCGCGAUCGAAGCGUCCAGCGAGACAUGUUCAAAGGCACUUGCCUCCAAGACGACAACCCGCACAACCACAGCUUCCCACUCGACGUCGAUCUGCUCGUGACGUGGCACCGCGAGAGCCGCACGCUGUCGAUCGCGUGCGAAGGUGCUGUUUCUUCCAUGAGCUUUCCCGCGACGGGUUUUUCUGACGAGCAACCAUUCUAUCCCACUGUGGGGCUCUUGCGGGUGGGAAGGUGGUCAACAACGUCGCACUACGGACCCGGGCCCAUCCAGAACACGAGCAUUGAAGCGCAUUUGAGACCGCUGCCAGGGCCCCUCUCGUAG